CUCAUGGCUGUAGUGAGCAUCUGGAAGAGGUUACUCGCGCUGUUCUGUACCCUGAAAACUGUCUCGGAGUAUAACUGCAGUUUUAACAUGUCUUUUAUAAAAGUUAACGAAAGUUCGGACUUCCCUUAUCACAACCUGCCUUAUGGAGUGUUUUCGACAGCAGACAACCCGAGACGUAGGAUUGGCGUUGCCAUUGGAGAUCACAUUUUGGAUCUCAGUGUUGUAAAGCAUCUCUUCAGCGGACCAGUGCUUUCAAGACAUCGGGAUGUUUUUGACCAGCCAACCCUGAACGCUUUCAUGGGCUUGGGCUAUGAGGCAUGGAAGGAGGCCAGAAAAGACCUCCAGAAAUUACUCUCCGCCAGUGAGCCUACGUUACGCGAUGACGUGAAUUUAAGGAACAGAGCGUUUGUCGAUCAGAGUUCUGCUGUGAUGCAUCUCCCAGCUGAGAUUGGUGAUUACACUGACUUCUACUCAUCCAGAGACCAUGCCACUAACGUGGGGAUCAUGUUCCGUGGGAAGGAGAAUGCUCUGAUGCCAAACUGGUUGCAUUUGCCUGUGGGGUACCAUGGAAGAGCUUCCUCAGUGGUGGUUUCUGGGACACCCAUAAGGAGACCGCAAGGCCAGAUGAGACCAGACCAAACUAAACCUCCUGUCUUUGGGGCAAGUAAGCAGCUGGAUAUUGAAUUGGAGAUGGCAUUCUUUGUGGGAGCUGGGAAUAAACUGGGUGAACCCAUUCCUGUGGAGAAAGCACACGAGCACAUCUUUGGCAUGGUCCUGAUGAAUGACUGGAGCGCUCGAGAUAUCCAGGCCUGGGAGUACGUGCCAUUAGGUCCCUUCCUAGGGAAAAACUUUGGGACGACAAUCUCGCCGUGGGUCGUGCCAAUGGAGGCCCUCCUUCCGUUCGUCCAGCCCAACGCUGUGCAGGAUCCCAAGCCCCUGCCUUACCUGCGCCAUGAUGACCCGUACACAUUCGACAUCAACCUCUUUGUCUCUGUGAAAGGUGAAGGGAUGAAGGAGGCAGCAACUAUCUGCAAAUCAAACUUUAAAUACAUGUACUGGACCAUGAAGCAGCAGCUGGCCCAUCAUACAAUCAAUGGCUGUAAUGUUAGACCUGGAGACCUUCUCGCAUCAGGCACUAUCAGUGGACCAGAUCCGGAGAGUUUUGGAUCCAUGCUGGAGUUGUCUUGGAGAGGGUCAAAGACCAUUGACCUGGGUGGAGGAGAGACAAGGACAUUCCUUAAGGAUGGGGACGAGGUCACCCUCACAGGUUACUGUCAGGGUCAAGGUUACAGAGUCGGCUUUGGUCAGUGCAAGGCCAAGAUCAUCCCAGCCCUUCCACACUGAUUACUGUAGGGUUACCUGUGGCCCAACCCCACAAUCCAGCCACAAAUGAAACCCUUUCUUUAAACACCUCAUCAGUCCUUUUCAGAUAUUCAUGAAACCCUAAAAAGCCAUCUCCUGGGUUUGUCCUUGAGGCCUUGCUUUACUGCCAGUCUUUUUUAAGACCGUUGUGCUUGAAAUAUUGAUCUCGAAAACUGCAAGCCUUGUUUCUCAGUCAGAUGUAUUUUUUAUCAUAUGUGGUGUUAGACUGACUUGGGAACCUCAUUAUAAAUGUCUGAUUUUUAUGAACAGUA